ACGACCGUUCCCUUCUUUCGCUCUACUUGCUCGAUGGCAUCUUCAAUGAGUUCAGGGCCCAUGGAAGUCACGACAACAGCACUCCAGCGGACUCCUCGCCUGCGCCAUCGUAGAAUGUCGGCACCCAUCCCGGACAGACCGACCCGUCUGCCUCCAUGCCGACCCCUGCCUCUGUCCCUCGAGGCUCUAGACUUAUCCCCUACGUCGCCCGCGCAGGCCUUGGCCUCGCUCCGCUUCGUCGUCCUGUCCCACCUGGCUCACCUCGAGCGACGUCUGUCUUUAUUCGAGUCCGCGGAAUGGGUGUCGACGGCAUUGGACAUGCUCCAUUCCAUCCGCGCGGAGGUGCAUUCCCACAUCCCCGACCUGCUGCUAUUCCCGGACAACAUAGAGCAAGCCCUAGACAACUUCAAGCCGCGCGAUUUCGAUUUCUCGUUCGACUUCGACCACGUCAAAGCGAAACUGAAGAAGCUCGUCGCGGGCCUGGAGUUAGACUCCAUCGAUCUGACCAAGCCCAUGUCGUACGUCCCCACGCUCUCCGUGCAGCUGCGCAACCUGCAGACGCACCUCGCGGACUGCCGCGCCUCCUUCAACAACUUCGACUUCGACUUCGAUUUCGGAACCCCGACGCUGCCCCGCGCACCGGCAUUCGACUUUGACUUUGACUUCGCCCGCGCACCCGCGUUCGAUUUCGACCUGCCCACGCUGACGUCGGUGUUCGAUGCCGUGCUGGCCGAGCUGCCGUCCCUCCCCUCGCUCCCGGUGAUCGACUACUCGCUUCCGGCCACCAUCUCGCGCGCCUCGUCCUCGUUGACGGCGUCGCUCAAGUCCUCGUCGGAGGCCAUCCUAGGGGAUCUGCACGAAUCCGAGGCCGAUGCGCAGGUCCACGCACGUGCUUUGGCGCUGGCUGAGGACGGACGCAAGCUUGUCACGUUCGAUGAUGUGCCUUAUGCGUGGCAGAACAACCCCUACGUUCAGUGGGGCUACCGCUUCAUUCCCUUGCGCCGCUGGCCUGCGAUCGUCGUAUCGGCGUUUACGCUGCACAACGAGACGAUGAACAUCAUGACGCAUCUGAUUCCCCUGAUCAUCUGGGGCCUGGCGUUCUGCGGUGUGGUGUUCGUGCCCGGCGCGCCGCUGCUGAGCUCUCCAGGCGUGGUUUCGGUCGUGGAUGCGCUGGGAUGGUGUUUCAGCUGGCUGCCGACUUGGCUGACACGAGAAGUGGGGCGGUACACGCCGUUCGCUGCGUAUUCCAUCUCAUCGGAGCCCGUGCCGUCAUCUAUCUUCAUCUCGCCGUAUCCCAGCUUCGGCUUUUUCGCGGCUUCUGCGCCCAGCCCGGGGGCGAUCUUCAUGAAGAGUGAUGCCGACACGGCCGAGUCGUUCUUCACGUUGUUUGCGCUUGCGUGCCUUGCCUGCAGUGUUUUGUGGCACACGAUGUCCGGCUGCUCACACCGUGGGGCAAUGGAAGCCUGUGCGCGGAUCGACUAUGUCGGAAUUGGAUGGCUGAUCGCCACGUCAAUCUCCACUGUGGUGCAUUACGGAUACGCCUGUGCUGAGGCGGUCGUCGACUCGACGCCGCUGGGCCAUGCCGUGCUUCACCCCUCGACGAUGCUCACUUCGCCGCCGCCCGUGACCUGGGCGGACAACGUCGACCGUGGGCUGGGACCUGCGAUGAAGGUUUUGCUGACCGUCGCACUCACAUUGGGCGCGCCGUUCGUCGCGCUGGCGAGCUGGGCCAACCAGGCUCUGGACGCGUUCCUGCUGUACCAUCCCAUUGGGGCCGCGUGUCUCGUGAUGUCUCUGGCCUGUGGCGUGACCGGCAACGUGCUCCCGUACUGCGACUGGUUCAAUCGCGCGGAGAACAAGAUGCUCCGACUGGCGUUCUUUGUCGGCACCGCAUUUUCGGGAUUGGCUCCUCUCGGAGGCAUCGCUGCUUUGCAGGGCUGGGGGGCAACAGGUCGAUUCAUCGCACCUGUCGUUCCCUCGUUCCUGUUCUACAUCCUCGGCAUCGCGUUCUACGCGACGCUGACCCCAGAGCGGCUGAUCCGCAGCAAGGGCCGGCUCGGCCGCGUGCGGGACUGGUUCGGCGGCGGAUCCCAUGCCAUCUGGCACGUCUUCAUCGUGCUCGCGAUCCGAGCGCACCGGGACGGGAUCCGCGAGAUGCGGCGUGUGGCGAUGCAGGGCGGAUGUGCUGCCGUUGGGUUUGGUGCUUAGAGAUUCUCUGGUGGUGGUGGUGGUGUUUAUAUAUAUAUGUAUAUAUCCUACGUAGGACCUGCUGGUUCUGUACUGACGUUCCCUAAUGACGGCGGCCACACUCGUUUGUUCUGUCACACCGACCCCAGUCUGUGAGCGUCCCCCCUCAGGCGGAGCGCGAGCCGCAUGUCGCGGGGCAUCAGCGUCACGCGCCUGGCGUGCAGCACACACAGAUUCGAGUCGUCCAUCAGGCCUACGAUGUAGUGCUCCGCGGCCUCCUGCAGCGCCGCGAGCGCACCGGACUGGAACCGCAAGUCGGUCUGCAUAGCACGAGUAUCUCAGCCAACCAUCUGUGCCGACCCCCCACCCCCUCCGAGCGAGAACGCACCUUGAAACUCUGCGCAAGCUCGCGCACGAGCCGCUGGAACGGGCGCUUCCGGAUCAGCAACUCCGUCGAGCGCUGGUACUUGCGGAUCUCGCGCAGGGCGACCGCCCCGGGGCGGAAGCGGCGCUUCAUGUUGCUCAUGUGCCCGUACUCGUGGCUUGCGGGCGACUGCUUCGCGGCGGUCUUGCGCGCCAUGGGCUGGAUCGUGGCCCCGCCGCCGCUGCCGCCCGGACGCCCGGAUUUGGCGCUGAGGGCUUUGCGCGGGCCUUUGCCUGCCGGUGGGGUGCCCCAGUGAGGCUGCACGCUUCGAGAUACUUAAUUGGGACCGGGGACUCACUGCCUGUUGUUUUGCGUGCAGUUUGUUUGACGCGAGCCAUGUGUGGGACGAGGAAAGGGUGUACGUAGUGUGGAUGUCUUUGUGUGCCAGAGGCUCGUGUUUAUACGUAGAUUGGGUGUCUUGCUCGAGAAGGGUCGCAAGGUCGAGAAGGUCGAGAAGGUAGGGACCUGGACCAGGGUCGGGAUCAGGGAGACUCUCUGGAAUGGCGAUCCAUCCUAACCCUUCUAUUACGAGGACAAACUACCAAUUUCCCCGACGCUCACUUUCUCCGCGAUGAUCCAGAACGAGAUAUCCCCAACUUGUUCAUGACUGCAAGAUUUCCCACGGUUCAAAUACUAGGACUGAUCGCGCAGUUUUAGUCAAGAUGAUAGCAGCGACCUGAGCAGUUUCAGAUGAACAGAAACUUUCCCUGCUUGCAUCUCAUCCAGUACGAGGCUCAUGAGUUAUCUCUGGUUAGGCUCGUGGCUCAGGCGACAAACCAAUUCGAAACAAGCAGAGAACGUCACAAAACAAAAGAAACCGAACUUCAUGCUCGCAGAGUCAUUCCGGUCACUGUCGCCCUAUCAUGUCGCCCUGCAGGCGUUGCUUCUGAGCGGCUCCAGUCAAUUUAUUAAAAUUCCUCGGCCCAGAAUACUUGUGGGGACAGCAUGAUGGGCGAUGAGAUCAGUUUUCCGCGGUUCAAGCUGGAAAAUCGCUUGAACCACGGGAAACUCAAACGGACGGCUUUCAAACGUAGUACAUAGCGCAAAAGAAAAAAAGAUCCAUUACAAAUGCUCAAAUGAUUCGUACACUUCCCUUCCCCAGGGAGCCAUUGAAAAUAUUAG